CACAAGCCCUUCUGCGACAACAAAGCAGCACUGAUUGGCUGCCUAUAGAUUUGGGGGUGGAGAGAGGAGAAUUUAAUACACAGAAUCUGGUUCAACUUCAGACUACGUGUCACAGCCCUGACACAGUUAUGGAGUUGAAAACAAUUCUCCAGAUAUUUGUUGCAACCCUGCUCUGUGGGCUAUGUGCUGCUGGGCCUGCAGGGAAAGAGUUUGCACUAUCCUUUAUGCAGAAUUACAUACCAGGGAAUAAAGGAGGUCCAGCACAGUUCAUCGUAGAGGUCUCUAGCCCCCCAAGUUCUCUCAUAAGCACAAAGGUGAAGGUAAUUGCCCUGGGAAAAGUCUGGGAGACAACUCUUCAGCCAGGAAUUGGCAAGUCUAUCCAGCUUCCUGCUGGGGUAGAGAUGACUGGAAGCACAAGAAACAAACAGACUGUCCAGGUAGAAGCCAAUCAGGACAUUCUGGUGUUGUCACUAAACUCUAAGCCUUUCUCAGCUGACACUUCAGUGAUCUACCCUGUCCAAGACUGGGGGACGGAGUAUUUCAUCUAUACUCCACAAAUGGGUCCACCUGAUCAAUAUAAAGAGUUUGCCAUUACCAAUCAUGGCAUACUAAAUACUGUGGAGAUUCAGUUAAAUGGUAUGGUGUCAUUUGAAGGGCAGGAAUACCCACAAGGUAGCAAACUUGUCAUUGAUUUGGAGCCAUUUGAAAGUGUGCUAAUCCAAAGUAAGGAAGAUUUGACUGGCUCCAAAGUAUCUGCCAAGCAACCAGUGGCAGUCUUCACAGGACACAGCUGUACGUGGUAUUUUACAGAGUGUAAUCAUGUGUAUGAACAACUGCUUCCUGUAAGUAGCUGGGGAAAGGAGUUUAUAGUUGCAACUCUUGCAUACACAAAACCCUCAGACAGGUUCGAUUCAGUAAUCAUUCAGGCCUCAGAGAACACUGAAAUCCAAAUCACUACUCAAGAUGGUGUAGCUUCACCAAAACAAAUGGUGGCUGGAGAAACGCUCUACAUCAAUCUUCCAUAUCCAAACUCUCUGCAUUUUAUCACUGAUAAAGGUGUUCAAGUGCUAUAUGAAUUCAAUGGUGGAAUCAAUCAAAAUGGAGAAACAAAUGACCCCUUCCUCAUUACAGUCUUGUCGAAAGACCGCUUUAGUACCUCAUAUGCAAUGGCGAGUCAAGCUGGCUUUACCAACGAAGCUAUCAUUAUAGCUCAGACCAAAGACUUGGGAAAACUAACACUAGAUCAAAAUCCAUUCCCGAAUGACCUUCAGUGGACUCAAGCAGGGGAAAGUGAAUACUCAUGGACACAGAUCAUUUACACUGAAGGCACAGGCUUCCAUCAAGUCUCACAUCCAGACUCACCUUUCGCUCUCUACAGCUUUGGUGCAUCAAAAGACAAUGGAUAUGGGUCUCCUGCCCCUGGUAAUCCUCCAGCUACAGUUGGUGUCUGCUGGGUUAUGGGAGAUCCACAUUACCGUACAUUUGAUAGCAGUUACUACAACUUCAUGGGCAACUGUACCUAUAUCAUGGCCAAGAACUGCCAUGUGGACAGUUUUCACCCAGCUUUUGAAGUCCAAACUGAGAAUGAACGGCUUGGCAGUACAAAAACCACCACUGUUAGCAAAAUCAUUGUCAAUGUCUAUGGUAUAAACAUCACAAUUGUACGCCACGAGACUGGGAUUGUACGAAUUAGUGAUUCACUCUGGUACCUUCCAAUCUCCUUGGACAAUGGCAGAGUAACUCUUCAACAAAGUGGUCUGUCAGUUAUUAUGAAGACAAACUUUGGAUUGUCAGUGCAGUAUGAUUGGGAUCAGUAUUUAGUGGUGAAUAUACCAGGGAGCUUCAUUGGAAGAAUGUGUGGCAUGUGUGGAAACUUCAAUGGAAGGAAAGAGGAUGACCUCACCACUCCUACUGGCAGUGUAGCAAGCAGUAUUCCACAACUGGGAAUGAGCUGGAGAGUACCAGGUUUACCAGGAGAUGCCUACUGCAGUGAUGAUUGUGUGGGCCAGUGUGAGAGCUGUCAGGGAGAAUCAUGGUUUGAACGUUUGGCCGCAAAGGCCUUCUGUCACUUGGCCACCCUUCUCACUGACGGUCCAUUCCAAGAUUGCAACUCUGUCAUUGAUCCCAAGAUUUUCUAUGAAAAUUGCCUUUUCGACUACUGUAUGGGAAAAGGAUACAAAAACUUCCUAUGUAAGACAGCAGAAAUUUAUACAGAUGCUUGUCAGCGAGCUGGCAUUCGUGUGCAUGACUGGAGAUACAUCAUUGGCUGUUCUACCCCUAAAUGCCCAGCAAACAGUCACUUUGAGUCCUGUGCCUGUCCUGCUACCUGUGAGAAUCCCACUCCUUCUGCUGAAUGUAAAGCCAACUGUGUAGAGGCUUGCACUUGUGAUGAUGGAUACUUGUGGAGUGGAAACAAGUGUGUCCCUAAGAAUCAGUGUGGCUGUAUGUUCAAAAGUGGAGGUGAUAAGCGUUACUUACAGGCUGGAGAAUCCAUCUGGGCUGAUGACAACUGCAGCAAAAACUGUACCUGCAACCCAACAAACAGUGAAGUUGUAUGUGAAAACAGCGGUUGCUCAGCUGGAACAGAAUGCAGUGUAGUCAAUGAGAUCAGAGGCUGCCAUCCAGUGCAUCAUGCCACCUGUAAUAUCUAUGGAGAUCCUCACUACAACACAUUUGACAACAGCACCUAUGCCUUCCAGGGCACAUGUACUUACACUGCUGCUCAGGGCUGCCACCUUGAGGGAACACAACUCACUCCGUUUGCAGUUAUAGUUGAGAAUGCAAAAUGGAAUGAGAUCCAAUUAAGUCCAAAUGUCUCUAUGGCCAAUAUGGUGAUUGUGCAAGUGUACGGCAUGACUUUAGUGCUGCAAAGGAAUCAACUAUAUCAGAUAAUGGUUAAUGGAUUAUGGAUCAACAUUCCCGCAAGUCUUGAUGAUGGAAAAGUGAGGGUCCAGCGAGAAGGCAAUCAAAACGUAAUAUUAACAAACUUUGGCCUGAGAGUCACUUUCAAUAUGAUUUAUCAUGUCACCAUUACAGUCCCAAGCAGCUAUGCAGGAAGGACCUGUGGCUUGUGUGGAAACUUUAAUGGUAAUAAGAAUGACGAGUUCCUGUUGCCAAAUGGCAAGGAAACCAAAGAACUGAAAACAUUUGUAGCUGCAUGGAAAGUACUUGCUCCUGGUGUUGUGUGUGAUGAUGGCUGCAGUGGUGAUUUCUGUCCAAAGUGCCCUGAAGAUAAGAAAAUUGUAUUUGAAAAGGACUGUAGUAUUAUUACCAACCCUGAAGGCCCAUUUGCUGCCUGCCACAGUGUAAUUACCCCUGAUUCCUACUUCCAAGAUUGUGCCUAUGAUGUCUGCAUGGGUGAAGGAAAUCAGAAUAUGCUCUGCCAUGACAUUGCUGCAUACAUGACUGCCUGUCAGGAUGCAGGCGUUAUUGUUCAAAAUUGGAGAACACCAACAUUUUGUCCCUUAUCAUGUCCUGCCAACAGUGCCUAUGAAAUCUGUGCAAAGUCAUGUGAUGUACCUUGUCCUGGCCUUACUGAAGUUAUGAAUUGUAAUAUUCAGACCUGUGCUGAAGGCUGCAUGUGUAAACCUGGAUUCUUUAACAAUGGGACUGGCUGCGUGACAGCAGACCAGUGUGCCUGCUAUGAGAAUGGACUAACCUAUAAGAUUAAUGAGACUGUCAUCACAGAAUCUUGCCAAGAAAGUUUGACCUGUCUUUCCUCUGGAAAAGUAAGCCAUGAAACCAUCGAAUGCAGUUCUAUUGAAGUCUGCGAGAUAAAGAAUGGGGUUCGUGGCUGCUAUCCAAAACCUAAUGCUUCACCAGGUAUCUGUUGGGUCAUGGGAGAUCCACACUACCGUACUUUUGAUGGCGAAUACUACAAUUUCAUGGGCAACUGUACUUACAUCAUGGCCAAAAACUGCCAUGUGGACAAUGAUCAUCCAGCACUUGAAGUCCAAGCCAUGAAUAAACGUACUGGAAGCUCAAAAGCCAUCAGUGUCAGUGGUGUCAUCAUUCAAGUCUAUGGUCAAACCAUCACCAUUUUGCAACACGAGAAUGGGUUUGUCAGAAUUAGUGAUUCACUUUGGUACCUUCCAAUCUCCUUGGACAAUGGCAGAGUAACUCUUCAGCAAAGUGGUCUGUCGGUUGUUAUGAAGACAGACUUUGGAUUGUCAGUGCAGUAUGAUUGGGAUCAAUAUUUGUUGGUGAAUAUACCAGUUAGCUUUAUGGGAAGAAUGUGUGGCAUGUGUGGGAACUUCAAUGGAAUGAAGGGCGAUGACCUCACCACUCCUACUGGCAGUGUAGCAAGCAGUAUUCCACAAUUGGGAAAGAGCUGGAGAGUACCAGGUGUUGUGGGUUGUACAGAUGAUUGUGUGGGCCAAUGUGAGAGCUGUCAGGGAGAAUCUUGGUUUGAACGUCUAGAAGCCAAGGCCUUCUGUCACUUGGCCACCCUUCUAACUGAUGGUCCAUUACGCGAUUGCAACUCUCUCAUUGACCCCAAGGUUUUCUAUGAAAAUUGUCUUCUGGACUACUGCAUGGGAAAAGGAUUUAAGAAUUUCCUAUGUAAAACUGCAGAAAUUUAUACAGAUGCUUGUCAGCGAGCUGGCAUUCAUGUGCAUGACUGGAGACACAUCAUUGGCUGUCCUACCCCUAAAUGCCCAGCAAACAGUCACUUUGAGUCCUGUGCCUGUCCUGCUACCUGUGAGAAUCCCACUCCUUCUGCUGAAUGUAAAGCAAACUGUGUAGAGGCUUGCACUUGUGAUGAUGGAUACUUGUGGAGUGGAAACAAGUGUGUCCCUAAGAGUCAGUGUGGCUGUGUAUACAAAAGUGGAGGUGAGGAACGUUACUUACAGGCUGGAGAAUCCAUCUGGGCUGAUAACAGUUGCAGCAAAAACUGUACCUGCAACCCGACAAAUGGUGAAAUUAUGUGUGAAAAUGCAAAUUGCCCAGUUGGAACAGCAUGCAAUAUUAGUAAUGGGAUCAGAGCCUGCCAACCACUCUCUCAUGCCAUCUGUAAUAUCUAUGGAGAUCCUCAUUACAACACGUUUGACAACAGCACCUACGACUUCCAGGGCACUUGUACUUACACUGCUGCUCAGGGCUGCCACCUGGAGGGAACACAACUCACUCCGUUUGCAGUUAUAGUAGAGAAUGAGAAAUGGAAUGAAAUCCAAUCAAGUCCAAAUGUGUCUAUGGCCAAGGUGGUCGCAGUGGAGGUGUAUGGCAUGAUAUUAGUGCUGAGAAGAAAUCAGCUCCAUCAGAUAAUGGUUAAUGGUGUCUUAACUAAUAUCCCUGUAAAUCUCAAUGAAGGCGAAGUGAUAGUCCAGCAGGAGGGCUACAACAAUGUAAUCAGUACAAACUUUGGUCUAAGAGUGGCCUAUGAUAUGAUUUACCACGUUACUGUCACAGUCCCCAGCACCUACCUUGGAAAGACCUGUGGCAUGUGUGGAAACUAUAAUGGUAAUAAGAAUGAUGACUUCCUGCUGCCAGAUGGGAAAGAAACCAAAGAACUGAAAACAUUUGGAGCGGCUUGGAAAGUGGCUGUGCCUGGUGUUGUGUGUGAUGAUGGCUGCAGUGGUGAUUUCUGUCCAAAGUGCUCUGAAGAUAAGAAACUUAUAUUUGAAAAGGACUGUAGUAUUAUUACCAACCCUGACGGUCCAUUUGCUGCCUGUCACAGUGUAAUUAACCCUGAUUCCUACUUCCAAGAUUGUGUUUAUGAUGUGUGCACAACUGAAGGAGAUCAACAUAUGCUGUGUCAUAGUAUCGCUGCGUACAUGACUGCCUGUCAUGACUUUGAAGUUCAUGUUAACAACUGGAGAACACCAACAUUUUGCCCUCUGAAAUGCCCUGAAAACAGUGCCUAUGAAAUCUGUGCAACGGCAUGCGACACACCUUGUCCUGGCCUCACUGACGUCAUCAAAUGUAAUAUUCAGACCUGUGUCGAAGGCUGUAGGUGUAAACCUGGAUUCUUCAAUAAUGGGACGGGUUGUGUUAAAGAGGAUCAGUGUAGCUGUUAUGAGAAUGGAAAAACCUUCAAGAUCGGAGAGGUUGUUGUCACAGACGAUUGUCAGGAAAAACUGAUCUGUCAAAAAUCUGGUAUAGUGAAACAAGAAAGCAUGAAAUGUAACGCUGAUGAAGUAUGCCAGGCAGAGAGUGGUGUUCGUGGAUGCUACCCAAAACAGUGCAUGUUGGAGGCUGCAGGCUCCUUCACUCUUUUCAAUGGAACAACUUGGAACAUCCCAUCUAUGGGAGCUUUCGAAUUAGUGAAAGUAUGUGACGAUACUGUUAUAGGUAUUUGGUUCCGUGUGGUGGCAGUGUUGCAAGAGAAAACUGGGGUCCUCUCUACUUCAGCUGUUCACAUCUUCUUUGAAAAUGCUAUUGUCACAGUUACCAGCCAAAAUGAUAUUUGGUUCAAUGGUAGAAAGAUGACUCUGCCUACUAUGGAAGACAAUAAUGUAAUUGUUAAGGUGAUUGAUCAGACAGUGAUCGUUGAGAAGACAUCUGCCCUUAGACUGUCCUACAGUCUAUCACAGGAGGUCAUAAUCACAGUGAACAAAGGAAUUGCUGAUCAAGUUUGUGGUGCAUGUGGAAAAUUAACCGGCUCUAUUUCUGGUGAAAGUAUAAUGUUCUACAUGGAUCAGUACAGAGCUCCUGAUUUUCCCACUUGCACCUUGUGAUGGGUAAAGAACUACUUUUUAAUUCUGGUGGCUGAGCAUCAACCAAGCAAAACUGUUGGAUAAUAUACUACAUGAUUUCUUAUAUGAUUCUCUGAGAUUAUAAAUUAAAUAUAAUAUUCUCUGAAAUUAUAAAUUAAAUAAUAAAUAAAUAUAGCAUUUGCAAUAUGACAUGCUUUUCUUGUUCUUUUUCUUAAAUAUUAAUAAAUAUGAAUCUAUCUAUCUAUCUAUCUAUCAA